CCCGUGGCUACGAUACUGACGUACCGGAACCUCGUGUUACUUAUCCGUAUCUUUACAAGCUAUUGUCUGAGCGCGUUAAAAAGCCGUCGUCAUUAUCGUCGUAAUCGGUUAGGAAAUACGUUUGAUCGCAACGGCGAUAUAUAAUUGUGUCAAUGCGGCCCUUGCGACAAUUCGCACGGAAAAAUAGAACGGCGCGCGAUUGUUCGGACGGGAGGAGAUUUAAAACGUCGCCGGCGACAUCUGGCUUACGUCAACCACACCGACGGACCGACCUCACGCGCGACGACGGCGCACUUUCGGCCGCUGACUCCUGGCCGUGUCUUCGCAUGUGUUCGAUUCGACGUUCGCAUCGGCCGCAUCUACUUUCUUGACAGUGGACAUUCAUGGCAAGCGUUUUACUGCGAAACGCGACGCGCGUAGGACUGUCCAGGCGACUGAGGGGCGGCCGGGUGACCGCGUGGACGAGCGACGAGAGGUGCAUCAUGACGAGCCGGGCGAGGCUCGAAAAGGUUCUGGAGGAGUUGCAGAGGAAUCCCUACUACGACAAGUAUGCCGGGAAAAUCGCGAAGCUGCAGCAUACCAGCCCGGACGAGUUUCUGCAGCGUGUCGAGCAGCAGGAGAAGAAAGUUCGCGAGAAGCAAGUUAGACACGUAAUUGCAAAUCAGCCCUUGAAAUCGACGAUAUUUCCAUUCCUAUUAAAAAAUGUGCGGUCGUCUUGGAGUCAAACGAUAAAGAGGCAAUAUGCAAAAGAUUCGUCUCAAAAUAAGUACAUUACUACGCCGAUUUUUUAUGUAAACGCUGGUCCUCACAUUGGACAUUUAUACAGCGCAGUUCUGGCCGAUGCCGUUGCUCGAUACAACAGUAUGUUGGGCCACAAAACAUUCUUUGCCACUGGCACCGACGAGCACGGCAACAAGAUCAGAGCCGCCGCAGCCGCAGCCGGUCUGCCGAAUCUCGAGUACUGCACAGGAAUUUCGCAGCAAUUCAAGGAGAUGUGCGAUAGGUUUGAAGUGGAUUAUUCGCGUUUCAUUAGAACCACUGAAAAGCAGCAUUGUGAUGCAGUGUAUCAUUUUUGGGAACAAUUAGAUGAAAGAGGGCAUAUCUAUCUGGGAAAGUACUCGGGAUGGUACUGCGUAUCGGACGAAGCGUUCCUCAGCGAUACAGAAUUGGUGGAACAGACAGAUUCGACCGGCAAAGUAGUCAAAGUCUCCGCGGAAUCGGGAAACCCGGUAGAGUGGACCGAGGAGGAGAAUUACAAGUUCCGACUUAGCGCAUUUCAAGACGAUCUCAAGUACUGGCUCAAAGAUGAAAAUACAGUUAGACCAGCGCUGUAUCACAAAACGUUAUCCCAGUGGGUAGAGGAGGGCGCGUGUUUGCAAGACUUGAGCAUUACUAGAAUCAGAAACAAGGUGCCAUGGGCUAUGCCCUCUCCGUGCAACGAGUCUCACUCGAUAUACGUGUGGCUGGAUGCCUUAGUAAAUUAUUUAACGGUCCUAGGAUAUCCAAAUGAGUCUUACAAAGAACUUUGGCCACCCACUAUUCAAAUAAUUGGGAAAGAUAUCCUGAAGUUUCACGGUAUCUAUUGGCCAGCAUUCUUAAUGGCGGCUGGUCUCGAGCCUCCAAAGACGUUACUGUGUCACGCUCAUUGGACCGUUGAUCACAAAAAAAUGUCGAAAUCAAGAGGCAACGUAAUUUCGCCAUUUGAAGCUGCAAAUGAGUAUUCAGAAGAUGGAUUGCGAUACUUCAUUCUGAGAGAAGCGGUGCCCCAAAACGACGCAAACUAUAGUUCAACAAAAAUUGUUAACAUAUUGAACUCCGAGUUGGCGGACACGCUGGGCAAUCUAGUCAGUCGUUGCGCGGGCAAAGCGGUCAAUCCGUCGAAAGAGUUCCCCGAUCCGGCGAGAUACUGGAACGUGUUGCGGUCUCAGGUGGCUGACGAAACCAGAGAGGCUCUGAAGUCCGUCGGCGAAAAGGCGCGCGAGAGUUACGAGGAGUACAAUUUACAUCACGUCGUGGACGCGGUCAUGAGUAUGCUUCAUUCCGCGAACAAGAUGGUGGCGUAUCACGAGCCUUGGCAGCUGAGGAAGCGUGUCGACGACGCGGAUUCGAUCGAGGAACUUAAAGCCGUGAUAUCGCUUGCUCUGGAAAGUAGUAGAAUAGGUGCUCUAAUAUUGUAUCCAAUUGUACCGAGAUUGAGCAGUGGUUUGCUCGAUUUUCUAAAUAUCCCGAAGGAGAGUCGCACGUGGGCCGACACCGCGCCCGAAUUCUUCAGCAGCAAUAGCACGAAAGACAGGCGUAUCGAACGUAAUAAUCUGAUAUUGUUUAAGAAAAUAAGAAGUCAAUAAAUAUUUAUACAUCUAUUAA